CUAAAAAGUUACAUUUUAUAUUAGAAGCAAUUUCAAGUAAAUUUAAUCAAAAUAUUUUUAAAUUAUGGCUAAUAGUCGUUUGGAAAAGAUUGGAACGAUUUAUACGAGAGCGAAAGGUUUAAUUGAUUCAGGAGCUCGCAAUUGGGUUGAUAGACCGCUUUGGUUCGAUGUUUACGAAGCUUUCCCUCCUAAAGAAGAGCCCAGGUUUGAUAAAAAAGUUCCUAAAUGCGAGUUAAAAAAGAUAUUUUAUCAGGAAGAUGAAAUUAGGAGGUUAGGUUAUUUAGCAUUUACAGUUGCUCACAAAAUUGAGUGUACAGGGGAAUGGAAGAUAGAUAAUGGUGAAUAUUUCAAAUAAUUAUUAAUUUAUUUU